AAGGGAGGGGGCGCCAUGUCGGUCUAACGCCGAUGAUGCCUCUAGCCGUACAACGGGGCAACAGAAAUCUAAGCGUGUACUACGAGCGGACAGAAGCAAUCCCUGUUUAUGUAUCUAUACAUCAAGCCUUUUGUACAAGAUAUCCUCGAGGAAUGUAAAGGAAGAACUGUCGGGGCCGAUGUCGCUCGGGCAUCUCCCUCCUUCCAGCGGCUCUUACAGAAGAUUCACAUGACCGCCCUGGGGAUUGCUCGAGCUGCUAGCGAGCAGAUCGAUAGACAUGAGCAUAUACUUAGCGGCAUAUGAGAACACCUACGGGCGGGAACAGACUGC